CGCUCCGGGGCCCGGCUGAGCCCCGGCCCGGCUGAGCCCCGCACCGCGGGCCCGCCGCGCCCCCUCGCGGGGAACGGGAAGGGCCGCUCCCGGCGGGGGUCAAGCUCCGGCGAUGGUUCGAGACACCGCCCCCGGGCCGCCUCUGCCCGGCCCCGCCGCCUCGCUGUGGCAUGGCGACGGCUCGGCUCUGCCUGUGCCUGUUCCCGUCCCUGCUCCUGCUGCGGCUGCCCCGUGAUGCCUUCGCGGCCGGCUCGGCGACGGCGGGGCCCGGAGCUGGGCGCGGGCCCGGGGGUUCGUUCUGGCGGCGGAGGCUGGAUGGCAUGAAUGUCUUGUUUAUAAUUGUGGAUGAUCUGCGUCCUGCCUUGGGCUGUUACGGAGAUAAGCUUGUGAAAUCUCCGAACAUUGAUCAGCUUGCUUCCCAAAGUAUGGUGUUCAGCAAUGCAUAUGCCCAGCAAGCUGUGUGUGCUCCCAGCAGAGUGUCAUUUCUCACUGGCCGCAGGCCUGACACCACCAGGCUCUAUGAUUUCUACUCCUACUGGAGAGUUCAUGCAGGAAACUAUUCCACCAUGCCCCAGUAUUUCAAGGAAAACGGCUACAUGACCCUAUCUGUGGGGAAAGUUUUUCACCCUGGGGUUUCAUCCAAUUACAGUGAUGACUAUCCCUACAGUUGGUCCAUUCCACCUUUUCAUCCUUCAUCUGAAAAGCAUGAGAAUGAUAAGACUUGUAGGGGAAAAGAUGGAAAACUUUAUGCCAACUUGGUAUGCCCAGUGAAUGUGACAGAAAUGCCUGGGGGUACUCUGCCUGACAUUGAGAGCACUAAGGAGGCCAUACGCUUACUGAACAUCAUGAAAACCAGCAGGCGAAAGUUCUUCCUGGCUGUUGGCUACCACAAGCCACAUAUCCCACUGAGGUAUCCACAGGAGUUUCUCAAGUUGUACCCCUUGGAAAAUAUCACAUUGGCCCCAGAUCCCUGGGUGCCUAAGAAACUACCUUCUGUGGCAUACAAUCCCUGGACGGAUAUCAGACAGAGGGAUGAUGUGGAAGCAUUAAAUGUUAGUUUCCCUUAUGGAGCACUUCCCUAUGAUUUCCAGCGACAGAUUCGUCAGAGUUAUUAUGCAGCAAUUUCUUACCUGGAUGUUCAAAUUGGCCUGCUUCUGAAUGCUUUGGAUAAUGUAGGACUUUCAAAUAACACAAUAGUAGUCUUUACUUCUGAUCAUGGGUGGUCCCUGGGAGAGCAUGGUGAAUGGGCAAAAUACAGCAAUUUUGAUGUUGCUACACGAGUGCCGCUGAUGUUUUAUGUCCCAGGAGUGACAACUUCCUCUGUCAGUCAAAGAGCAAGGGUCUUCCCCUACCUCAACCCUUUUAGCCAUAUUGGAGGCUCAGCACCUCAAGGGCAAAGUAAAAAAGUGGUGGAGCUGGUGUCUCUGUUUCCAACGCUUGCAGAACUUGCUGGCCUGCAGGUCCCUCCUGUGUGCCCAGAGACGUCAUUUGGGGUUGUGCUGUGCACUGAGGGGACAAGCAUUGUCCACUACUUUAAUGUCUCUGAAGGAAAGGUGGAGGAAGGGUGUGAUAACACUGACAGGUGUUUUAAUGAAGAACCUGUUGCUAUCAGCCAAUAUCCCCGGCCUGCAGACACUCCCCAGUGGAACUCUGACAAACCAAAGCUGAAAGACAUCAGGAUCAUGGGCUAUUCCAUGCGUACCAUUGACUACAGGUACACUCUAUGGGUUCAGUUUGAUCCCAGCAAUUUCAGUGCUAACUUUGAGGAUGUCCAUGCAGGAGAGUUGUACAUGAUGGAGAAUGACCCAAACCAGGAUUAUAACAUCUAUAACAAUACUUCACAUGGUUGGUUUUUCAAAAAAAUUCUUGACUUUCUAAAGCACUAGGGUUCAGAAACAUUGUGCCUGUUCUUGCAACUCAAUUAAUGUUGUAUAAGACCUUUCUGUUGUACAGAAAACAUUUAGAUUGAAUAAAAAUCCUGCUUGUAUCAAAACUAGCUAUUACCUUUGUCUUGUU